AUGAAGCUAAAACUAUACGGAAAUUUAUUCGACACUUGGGUCAUCAACCAAUUCUGGAAUAUCUGGGAUAUCAGCAUCGGCUUCAGCAUCAGCACCAGUGUUGAAGUCCUUUGGAGUCUUACCGGCUUGGAUUUGUUCAGCCAAUUGUUUCAAGAUUUGAAGGUUUUCAGCACCGAGUUGAGGCAAGAUUUGUGGAAUAAGUUGAGUAAUUGGCUUUUCAACUGGGUAACCAGUGAAAGAGAAACAAUUGGAAGCUGGAGCACCUUGGACACCAACUCUGUUAAAGUGCAAAACUUUACCAUCAUCCUUGAAGAAGUUAGCUUCUUGAACACCUUCAAUCUUGGUAGCCUUCAAUUUACCCAAAGCUUCAAUCAAUUUGGUGUCAUCUUGUUCAGUCUUAAUGACCUUCUUAGCUUUAACUCUAGAACCACCAACUUUCUUAGCGCUGGAUUUUUGCAAUUUAGCUAA